GAACCACCAGAUGGCAGCAAUGAUAUUUGCCGCCAUUGUUACGGAAAUCGAUACACAUCUGUCAAAAUAAGGCGACGAAAGUCGCAGAAAAUUGCCAAAAUGACUUGUGAUUUGCCAUGUGUUUCUUACAUGGCACUUUACAUUAUAUCUAUGCAUAUUGUGAACAGCAAUUCGCGUAGCUCUACAGGCUCCAACCACUGGAAACUGAACCCCAUAGAAGGGAAAGUUGUGCAGGCGUCGGACGAAAUGACAGUCCGAGGUACGAAUCAAGACGAGGAUGCUCUAAUGGAUAUUUUGACCAACAAGAUUUAUGAAAAUGGAGAAUGGAGAGUUGAAACAAAAGUAGAUAAGAAACUGUCGUGUAAUUCCCCGUCAUGUGAUACUGGAUCGUCAGAUACAACGGGUAUAGAGAAAAAAAUUCCUGCGAAAAGAAAAAAAUUAACAUGUGGGAAGGCAGUAAACACUACACAAUAUGACCACCUGCGGGGAAUAGCUAACAGGAAGGAACAUAACCAUAUACCUGAGCCAGAAGUGGCCAUGAUAUUCAAAAAGAAGGGCAGUCGGACAUCAGAGGUGGAUGUUAAUGAUCUAGAGGAACGUUUAUGGAAAUCCAAAAAAGAGAAGCCAAAUUCUGUACAAGUUUUCAACCAGAUUGGAAAUUUUUGGAGAAUUAAGGGCAACACACAACUCUCCAUUGAAUGUUUUCGUAAAGCAUUAUCGUUAUCACCAAACAACGCUGAUGUUUUGUUGAAUCUCGCCCGAGUUCUUUUUAACCUUCAAUACCUUGACGAUGCCAUUUUCCUGACAAGGAGAUCCCUCGUCAUGCAGAGCCCUGAACAGAACUCUUGGUUACAACAUUUCACAUUAGGCGAGAUUUUAAAAGCAUAUGGCCAUUACCAGGAAGCCACCCUACACUUUGGUCAUGCUUUAGAACUAAAUCCUGGAUUCCAACCGGCACAGGCUCAUCUGCGGGAGAUGGAAGGAGCACCCAGCCCUUCAGUCACCCAGUACACCCUGUUCAUUAUACUAUUCCUAGUGCUUGGGGUACUCUUCGGGGUCAUAACAUCUAUCGAAGCAAAUUUUGACGAUUGUGCUGAAGUUGUUAAAACACAGCGCCAUUUCAACAGAGCAAUGGCGAUGAGGUCCAUCAAGCUCGGGAUCAACCCGCGACUAAUACGAAUGAGGAAACUGAACUGCUGAGAUCAUCGGCGCCCAUGUGUAUUGGGAGAUUUGGAGUGUAUCUGUUGCCAUGGUGAUGGAAACACUGUUGUCCGGGGCACAUUGCUGCAUGUUAGGGUAGAGUACAUUUGCGGUUCUGUAUGAAGUAUUUGGUAUAUACAUAUUAUAGGAAAAUACAUUCAAAGCAUGGUUUGAUAUGUAUGCUGGUGGAACAAAAUGGGAAUCAACUUAAGAAAAUACUUAUUUGUCUGACUUGAUUGACUAAACAUGCCAACCCAUGAAGAUCCGGGGUAGACAAGGUCUUCAGGAAACCAUGCUUGCUGUAACAGGCGACUAACAGGAUCAGGUGGUCAGGCUUGUUGGCUUGGUUGACACAUGUCAUCGUAUCUCAGUUGUGUAGAUCGAUGCUCAUAUCAAUCACUGGAUUUUCGGUCCAGACUCGAUUAUUUACAGACCGCUAACUGGCUAUCACUGUGAGAAGCUUGCUCUCUUGUGAAACAAAGACGACCCCUGAAGAUCCAGUUAAGAAUAGGUCUUUAGCAACCUAUGCUUGCCGUAAGAGGCGACUGCUUGUUGGAAAAGGCAACUAGCGGGAUCAGGUGGCCAGGCUGGUAUUUAUCCCAAAGAUUGCAGCAACUGUCAUUAAAUUCCCAGACUAUUCUUUUCAAUUCAUGUUAAUAUAGUUAUUAAAUAUUGGGGUUGUGGUCGGGUAGCCUAGUGGUUAAAGCGUUCGCUCGUCACGCUGAAGACCCGGGUUCGAACCCUGACAUGGGUACAAUGUGUGAAGACCAUUUCUGGUGUUCCCUGCCGUGAUAUUGCUGGAAUAUUGCUAAAAGCGGUGUAAAACCGUACUCACUCACUAUUAAAUAUUGGCGUUGUAGAGACUGGUACCUGAUGUAAAUACAUGGGAAAAAUAUAAUUGGAAGUAUGAAAGAAGGACUUUAGAAAAUCUCAAAAUUGAGCAAAAUAAUUUUUUUCUGAACUUGCCUUCCAGGGGAACUGAGUUUGGAAUCCAAGAUAAACCUUGGAUUCAGAUUUUAUAAGCUUGUUUCAUUAUUUAGAUUUAUUUGUAAAAUGUAUGAGUAAAACAUACAACCCUAACAAAAUUAAUAUAAACAAUCACCUAUCUUUGUCCCGAUGUACCCCAAUUUGCCCAGGUGAUGGUGAGCAUGGUACGGAUUUGGUGACCUAGAACUUAUUAUUUGGGUUAUGGCUUUUGGUACUCCAGCCCAUACUUUGGCAUGUCCUGAUGAACUUUAGACCACAGAACUCUUGCAGCACCUUAGUUGUGUUUAACUAUUGCAAUAGUGAAGAAGACAAUAGUAGUCCCUAAUUUCACACAGGAACAUUAAUUACAAUGCCUUGUCUGGAUACAGAUGCAAGGUUUGACCUUGCUAGCCCCUCUCUCUCUCUCUCUCACUCAGACAAAUAUAUAUUUUCUUUUAUAAGUUGUGCAGUUAGUGUGUAGCAUGUUGGUUAUAGUAAGAACUGACUUGAUACAAAUAUUAGUGAUGAAGAUAUUGGUCUCUGAUCGAUAUAUAGAGAUAUUUUAGAUAACAACACAAUGUAGAAAUUCAAAGUAUCAAAUUUGUCAUUCUGUACAUCUAUUUAAAACAGAUUUGGGAUUUAAGAGACCAUGUGAAUUUAAGGAUACAAGUCUCAUUUUGGGAAAGGAAACUUAUCUAGUCAACUGAUCGUCAUGACAACUGUUCAGACUGCAGAUGUGUACAAUUAUUUGAAAUGAGGAAGAAGAUUGUUUAUUUAGUACCUGAACUCACUUCCUCAAACUGAUUGUGCUAAAUAUUUCAGGAAGAUUUUUGUGGGUCAUUCAUCCAUGAACCAUUUUGUUACCAAACAACAUGAAAGGAUUUUGUUUGUCAGUUUACCAUGGGUCAAUGUAUAAUGGUUACAAUAUGGCUUACCAGUAACCAUGGUAACAAGGCCACAGUCAAGUGUUAUUUUGAUUUUCAUUUUAAGCAAUGACAGUUUAUUGUCCAAGUUGACACAAUUUGUUGUAGAGAGUUAUUCCCCUUGGCUUGAUCGGUUGUUGGAGGUGGGUUUGUUCUCAGAAUGGCAAUAUUAUCAUCUUCGGUUUUAUACUCCCUGCUUUAGACUGACAUUAGUCUCUAAAAUGAAUAUAUUUUACAGAAACAACAGUCGUUAAAUAAUGGUUAUACAAUAUAAUACAAGGAGCCCAUAUACUGUCGUCUUUUUCAGAUGCUGAUGCUAAACACUAGUGACAGCUAGAGAUUGACUGAUUAUUACAAGCUCUGUGCUCACUUGUAAAUUCAGCAGAUUUGUACAGACCCUGAUACUGCUGUAAGCUAGACUUGCCAAACAUUAUAGACUUGCAUGGGCUGUAUUGGAUAUGUUUGUUUCAGGGUCUGUAUGGCAGACCAAUCUCAUUUAAAUAAGAUCUUAGUUC